CUUAAUUUCCAUUUGGAAAAUGAAGGCGUUCAUUGUUAUUAUUUGCUGUAUAGGUUUAAGUUAUGAAGCUGAAUGGAGUUAUACAGGCGAGCAUCAAUGGCCCGGAAUGUGCAGCUCUGGCACCCUGCAGUCCCCCAUCGACAUCUCGACUCGGGACGCGGUGGUCGACCGCCACACAGUUCACAUCCGGGGCCCUUUGGUCUUCCGGGGCUAUCAGCAGGUUACGACCACGGCAGUCAACAAUGGACAUACCGUAAAAUGGUCUGCAGUUCCCGGAACACCAGCCCCCGUAUUGUCUGGUGGUCCCCUAAGAGGGAACUACACCUUUCUCCAGUUCCAUCUUCAUUGGCUAUCUGAGCACGCUAUCGAUGGUUUCAAGUAUCCCUUGGAGAUCCACAUGGUACAUGUCAAGACGGGCCUAAAAUUAGAGGAGGCUCUGGCGCGCUCUGAUGGAAUUACUGUCAUAGGAGUGCUUUGUGUGUUGAAAAGCGGGGCAGCGGCAGAACAUGCCCUUGCUCAAAUCGUCCCUUCUCUGCCUGAGCUGACCUACCGUAUGGAUCCUAACAACCAAACCAUGGCUGAAAUCAUCGAUUUGUCCCGCCUCCUGAGCCCGGACCCGCAGUCGUUCUACACGUACCACGGCUCGCUCACCACGCCCCAGUGCCAGGAAUCCGUCACCUGGAUUGUAAUGGACAAGCCGCUAAUAAUAUCUGAUAAUCAGUACAAACUGUUCAGCAAGAUCGACAUUGGCGGGAACACGUUCAACUACCGCAGCCUGCACCCCACUAACCGCGUCGUCUACCGCUCCAUGGCCUCCUGCGCUUCCAUCGCCUCUCCAACCUUCAUUGGUUUUCUUCUCUCCAUCAUUAUGUGCGCCAAGUCCAUCAUGGCGGCCACGCUCAUCAAAGGCGUCUGUAUAAUGACGAAUAUGAAGAGGAAACUUUUAGGAUUUAGCAUUAAGGAGUGCAGUCAGCUUGGCUGAUUUGAUGUCUCCGAC